AUGGUGGAUAGAGUACCUCCUGAAGUGCUCGAACAACUCUUUCUUGAGAUCGAUAAUCCAUUAGAUGUAUUCAAUUCACGUGCUGUAUGUAAACAAUGGCAUGCUGUAAUAACAAAUGAACGUUUUCUCAAUAUCUAUUUUAAAAAUCGUUUUGGCAUUAUAUCAAGACAAGAACUCGAAUGGUUCAAAUAUUGUAGAAGUUCUUAUUCGUAUUCAACAGUUCCAGAUUGUAAUCGUCAUUAUAAAGUUCCUACACGCUUACAAGGAACUGGUAGUGUUGUAUUCGACAAUAUGUAUCGUUCUAAUAGAGCUCCUUUUCCUCGAUUUCCAGUUCCUUUACACAAUCAUGAUUAUUCAAUUAGCAUGUGGCUUCAACUUUCAUCACGCUUCGAAGAAUUGUCAUUUUAA